AUGGAACAGCCUCAAAGUAAAUCACCAGCUACUGCGAAAAGAGCUAUGAUCGAAAGCAACGUAAAAUUGAUGGACCCUGAAAGUCUACCCUCCGGUCUUAGAGCAUGUGCAGCAAUGGAGAGCCAAGUGCAAACACAACUUCAAUGUCCAUCUCCAGUUCUUGAUACAAGUGUUGCUACUCAAAGUAACGUGCUACAGUUUCUGUGUCCAUCUCUAGUACCUUCAACGAGUUUUGCGAUUGAGGGCGACGUAGUGCAGGUCAUCUUUAAGCUAUUCUCUGGUUUCUGGCAUAAGUACUGCUACAAAUGGCGCUGUGCAGGUCAAUUUAUUUCUGAAAAUAGUUCUGCGAUUAGCAAUAUAGUGCCAAUAGGAUCUCCAAGUCUAUGA